UGAAUAGUCAAAUGAAACUAUAAGUAAAAAACAUCAAUCUUGAUAUCUGAUAAUUAUGAAAUAUUCUCUCAUAAAAUAAAUUCUCACGGGAACGUUGUUUGGCAAAAUGUCGUCCAUCCUCGGAACUUUUUUAAGAAAGUUGCCGCAUUCGUCACCUUCCCUGCUUCAAACGCAGUUAUUGGGUAGAUCUGUGGUAGUUACAGCUUCCAGAGGAGCUAAACAAUGGAAGCCUGAUGCGGACUAUAUGAAGCAGUUUGAGGGGGCUGUCAUGUUCCCAGAUGAAGUGACAUCUAAAUGGAAACCAAAUGCACUAAAUGUGAAUGCUCUCCAAAGGGAAAAGAAAGUCCAGAACAUCACACUAAACUUUGGACCUCAGCAUCCUGCUGCUCAUGGUGUACUAAGGCUUGUUCUUACCCUAGAUGGAGAGACAGUGGUGAGGGCUGAUCCUCACAUUGGUCUGCUACACAGGGCGACAGAGAAGCUUAUAGAAUAUAAGACUUACCUUCAGGCAUUACCAUAUUUCGACCGCCUUGACUAUGUGUCUAUGAUGUGUAAUGAACAGUGUUACUCAUUAGCUGUGGAGAAACUCCUCAAUAUUGAAGUCCCAGAAAGAGCAAAGUGGAUUAGAACCCUAUUUGGUGAGCUGACCAGGAUUGAGAACCAUAUUAUGGGCAUUGGGACCCAUGCUCUUGACGUUGGGGCCAUGACACCAUUCUUCUGGCUCUUUGAGGAGAGGGAAAAGAUGUUUGAAUUCUAUGAACGUGUCUCAGGAGCUCGCAUGCAUGCUGCUUAUGUUCGCCCCGGUGGGGUCUCGUUAGAUAUGCCAUUAGGUUUGAUGGAUGACAUCUAUGACUGGGCAUCUAAAUUUGGAGAGCGACUUGAUGAAUUAGAAGAUCUUUUAAGUAAUAACCGUAUUUGGAAGUUAAGAACUGUUGAUAUUGGAGUCAUUGGAGCGGAGGAUGCUUUGAACUAUGGAUUCAGUGGAGUGAUGCUGAGAGGGUCUGGUAUCAAGUGGGAUCUCAGAAAAGCACAGCCUUAUGAUGCGUACGAUAAAGUUGAAUUUGACGUCCCAAUUGGCAAGAAAGGAGAUUGUUACGACAGGUAUCUGAUUCGAGUUGAGGAAAUGCGACAAAGCUUAAGGAUUGUGCUUCAGUGUCUCAACAAAAUGCCUGCUGGUGAGAUUAAGGUGGAUGAUAACAAAGUAGCUCCACCCAAACGAGCAGAAAUGAAAGACUCCAUGGAGGCUUUGAUCCACCACUUUAAACUGUACACUGAGGGAUACCAAGUCCCACCUGGCUCUACAUACACAGCUAUAGAAGCACCAAAGGGAGAGUUUGGAGUGUACCUGAUUUCAGAUGGAACCAACAAGCCUUACAGAUGUAAAAUAAAAGCACCAGGAUUUGCACAUUUAGCUGGCCUAGAUAAAUUAUCUAAGAACCAUAUGUUAGCUGAUGUUGUAGCUAUAGUUGGAACUCUUGAUGUUGUGUUUGGUGAGGUGGAUCGAUAAAACAAUCAACAGAAUAGAAUUGGACAUUAUAUUGUACAUAGAACAACACUGCCAACAACAGUAGGAUGGUGAAGUUAUUGUGUGAAAUGGGACGUUUCAAAAAAACAUAUUAAAUAUUAUAAAAAACAUGCAAUUAUGUUAAUAAUAUGAAAUGUCAAGAUAUAGUUUAAAUUUCCGGCAACUGUUUAUGAGACAUUUAAUUAACUGAGUCGUCUAGACUUUAUCCAUCUAAAGGUCGUUUCAAAACUCUGUUAUUCAAAAUUCAUCCUAUGUUGUGCUUUAUGUUAUUUAUUGUACAUAUUAGAAGGAAUGAAUGGAGUUUCUUCAAAUAAACAAAACAGUCAGUAGGAAAAUACAUUUUCUAUUUUUAGCUCACAUGGUGAGCUAUUGUUAUAGCCCAUUUAUCUUGUUCCUGUAAGAAUAUACACCCAUAUUGUUGUCAGAUGGUUAUAUAUUUCCGAUCUUCCAUGUAGCUACUGAUUAUAUAUGGUAUUAUGAAAUCAAAUGGGCUUAAAGGCCCACUAUACUUUAUCAAGAAGAAAAAAGAAAAAAACAAUCAUUGAAACAUGUUACUCACACACUCGCUCAUAUAUGAAACAAAGUUUGAU